AUGCUGCCGUCCGAGCAGGCUGUUGACGCUGCGGAUGCGCUCAAGGGCGCUGAUCAAGUCCUGUCAGGAGAUCUCUGGGGAAAUUCCAGGCUGUUCCUGCCCCCGCGCGUGCUGAAGGCCCGAAAGCGAGAUCCAAAUCAUUGGGCGCAGCCAAAGAACGGUUGGCGUCCACAGCUGCAACCUCCAGAGGUUGUUCAACCACUCGCUCUUCCAGCAGGGGCUGCAAAGGACCUCUUUGUCGAAGCGGCAAAGGAAAAGCGACUAGCCGGAAAACGGAAGCCAGGUGAGAUCGCAGACGAUGUGUUCGCAGAUAUUUUGGCCCCUUUGGAUGCUGACGGCGAGCAAUGGCAGGGAUCACAAGGUCUGACCCUGCAAGUCAGUGACGCCGACGACGGCAUGGAGUACGAGCUCCUCUCACCCGAAGAAAGUGAAGCUAAAACGGCCAUUUGGGACGAGGUGAAUCAGGAGAUUCGCCCCAUGCUGGAAACCUUGGCCCGUCGAAAGAAGGCUCAGAAGCAGGAGGAGUUGAUUCAACAGCAGAAGGAAGACGAAAGGCUCGAGAUGGAGAUACAGCUCGAGCAGGUGAAGAUGGCCCGAAGAGAGCAGGCACGAGCAAAGCAGCGAUCUGACGAAGAGAGGAGCAAAGAAGCCAAAGGUGACUUGGAUGACCUCUUUGAAGCAGCAGAGGAGCAGGUGGCGGAAUCUCUUGAGAUGGACUUCUGGAAGGCCCACUCGGCCAGCCGCAGCAGUGCCUAUCUCUCCAGUGAUCGUCCUGGAAGCACUACAAGUCAGGGAGCCUUCGCUGAGGCUGAAGGAAGGGGGUCAGAAGCAUUCGAAAAACGUAUUGCUGAACUCUUUGGCCCAGAAGACCCAAGGAGGAAGAUCCGAACCAAAGAGAUUCGGCGCUCGCGAACCUUAAACCGCCAGCUUCGAGCCAACCUGGACAGCGUGCAAGCUGAAUGA